GGUUGGGUGCGAUGAUGUGUAAAGCGACGCCUUUUAUUCAACAAGUAUCUGUUUGUGCAUCAGUGAAUACGUUGGCUCUCAUUGCUGUAGACAGGUACAUGGCAAUUUGCAACACAUGGUUGUCGAAAAUUUCCAAAACUGCGGCCCGAGUUGCUAUCGGUUGUAUCUGGAUUGUUGCCAUAUCUUUAUCACUUCCGGUCGUCAUAUUUUACGAGGCUUAUGAAUCGGAUACAGGGUCUCAGAUAAUACCCAUGUGUCAUCAACUAUGGCCAAACUUCGACAUCCAAAGGUCUUAUUUUGUUGUUGGACUGUUCUUGUUGUGUUAUGCAUUGCCAUUGAUUCUUAUCAUGGUAUGUUACACUUCCAUAACGAUCCGUGUUUGGCGCCGGCAUGCCCCUGGUGUCUCCAAUACUUGCUAUAGUGGUGUUAUUCACAAAUCCAAGAUCAAAGUCAUCAAGAUGUUUGGAAUAGUAAUAAGUAUCUUUGCUCUCUCAUGGUUGCCGUUAUAUGUGAUAUAUUUCAAAUUGUACUUCUAUCCACCAAGCCCACAAAGUAGUGAAUUUAAUCUGUUAUUUGAAAUCAUUAUACCCGUCAGUCAGUGGCUUGGAUUAUGUAACAGUGGAGUUAAUCCUAUAAUUUAUUGCUUCUACAGCAAAAAAUAUCGUCAUGGUUUUAAGUGCUUAAUAACAUGUAAACCCUACUUCUAUCCAUCUCGGUACUUCUCUUAUCAGUCGGGAAAAAUACCUACCGCGGACUCAACGAGUUCCAGAAGCAUAGAAAGAAACAUUCAACACGAAAGAGUUUAUUCACAAGGAAAAAUUAUGCUUGUCCCGUACACAGAUGGGAAUAUGUCUGUUUGUUUUCGGAAAGAAGAAACAAGUCAAACAAAUUUGUAAUGAUGCCUUGGACAUUGAGUUAAAUUAUGUAAAUAUGACAUUUUUUAAUUUAGCAUUUUUUCCAUACCAAGUGAAUGUCCAGUACAGUCUUGUAUUUCAUUUAAGCUGUGCAGUUUUAAUCAGUAC